GCAAUUUAGACCUGGCAACCCUGAUCUCUCGUGUUGGUGCUGUCCAGCUGAGCUCUAUUGUUGAUGGUGUCCUGCUGAGCAUUGAUGUUGAUAGUGUCCCAGUUGAUCUCUCGUGUUAAUGAUGUACAGCUGAGCUCUAGUGUUAAUGAUGUACAACUGAGCUCUCGUGUUAAUGGUGUCCUGCUGAGCAUUGGUGUUGAUGGUGUCCAGCUGAGCUCCGGUGUUGAAGGCGGGAGCUACAAGAAAAUGCCUCCAAAGCGACAGGUAAAAAAGGGAUUGGAACCCAAGGUAAAGGUUAAAAAUGCACCUGUAGUGGAAGAAAAUGAGGAUACUGCACUAGAGAGAUUCAGUUUGGAGUUACGAUGGUGCAUACAGCAAAUUGAACUUUCCAUGGCAAAAAAUAAACCAUCAUCAAAACAAGCUGAUGACAUGAAGAAAGCUUACAGUACUCUGACCAGCAGUAAAGCAUCACUAAUUAAGAAGAGGCAAACAAUGAAUGCUUUAUUUGGGGAUUACCGGAAGAAGAUGGCUGAGGAGGAAAACAAGUUUAGGAUUGAACAACCAAAAUUGAAAAGCAAGUGUGUUCUUCCAAGCAACUCCGUAUUCUUUAAGAAGUCUCAUGGCCAAACAUGCAACCACAACUCACAAGACAAAAUAUCAGUAAGUUCUACAGAGGCCUAUAUACCGAAUAACUCUGUUGGUGAUAUUCAACAGAGCCAAGUAGGCGUGGAAACAAAUUGCUCUAGUGCCCUUGACAAACACUCCGAAGAAAGCUGCGUCCAGGACUGCAACGAAAAUAAGAUGAACAAUGACAAGGAUAAUACUGUUUUGAAUAGCUUUAAGUAUGCUCCAUCAGGAAAUUCUUUUAAAUUUAAUUUUUAGUGUGUUCAUAAAUGUAAAUUAAAAAAAUCA